AUGCAGUACCGCAUGGUUCUUGGUGUUGCCGCCUCCUUGGCUCUCGGCGCAAAUGCUGCCCCUAACCCCAAGAUUACCCCGGCCCCGGUGGCUGCAAAGAAGCUUGCUCUGCGUGAUAGCGUGCCCGCUUCCUCUGGCUCCUCUGCUCUGAGCGCCCCUAAGACUAUUGCAGCAGGAGAGGCCUUCGAUGGUGGAAUGUUCGUGUACGACCGCGGUGUGAGCUGCGAGGGCCAGUCCGAGGGUGGUGACUCGGACGCCGUCUUCCAGAUCGAGAACGGCGGCACCCUCUCCAAUGUCAUCAUCGGGCCCAACCAGAUGGAAGGUGUUCACUGCCAGGGUGCCUGUACCCUUGAGAACGUUUGGUGGUCUGCCGUUUGCGAGGAUGCCUUCACCAUCAAGAGCCAAGAGGCGGGCGAGACCACGUACAUCAAGGGUGGUGGUGCUUUCGGAGCCGACGACAAGGUUCUGCAGCACAACGGCGGUGGCACCUUGAGUGUCAGCGACUUCACCGUAGAGACCUUCGGUAAGCUUUACCGCAGCUGCGGUAACUGCAAGACUAUGUACGAGCGCCAUGUCAUCAUGAGCGGCAUCACCGCCACGUCUGGCAAGCAGCUUGCCGGCAUCAACACCAACUACGGUGAUACGGCUACGUUCACCAACAUUGCUGUCUCUGGCGUUGACGACAUUUGCGUCAAGUACACCGGAACCGACGACAAUAGCCAAGAGCCUACCGAGAAUGGCUCGGGUGCUGACGGCACCUAUUGUAUCUACUCUGAGUCGGACAUCUCCGGUGACACGUCCGGCUCCGGCUCUGGCUCCGGCUCUUCCGCCGCCGCCAGCUCGUCCGCCAAGAAGACCACCAGCUCGGGUGCCGCCAAGAGCACUAGUGCCAAGAGCAGCGACGACGAGGAGGCCACUUCGACCUCCAGCUCCAAGAAGACAAGCACGGCCAAUUCUAGCUCCGCAAAAGCUACUGCCACUUCGUCUUCGACCAAGAAGUCAAGCUCAAGCAGCACCAAGACUUCCUCCUCUUCCAAGGCAACCAAGGACUCCGAUUCCGACGCCAAGAUUGAGGAUCGUGCUUUUGCGGGCUGGUUCCGAUGGUGA